CGUCACCGAACUGUGCGCUCAAUGUGAGGAAACCUUGUCAUAACUGUUAGGUGAAAAUGUUUCUCACAACGGUAAACCUGGCAAAGAGCAAAUCCAAGACCAUCCUGAUACAGAUGGUGAGUGCGGCUGGGACAGGCUACCGGUUCAACACCAAAAAGAACCGCCUGAGGGAGAAGCUGGUGCUGCGGAAGCAUGACCCCAUAGUGAACAAGCAUGUUCUCUUCAUUGAGAAGAAGAAGAUCCGAUCCAUCUAAAGAGAGGCUUUUGGUCAAGGUGGCACCAUGCUGGGGAGGAGCAGAAAGUUUGGCAGCCUGGGAGCUGUUAUGGACUUCACUGUUGUAUGUGCUGUCUGGAAAGAGCCAGAACAGGGACACUGAAUGGCAGAGAGAGUCCCAUCAUGGGCAUAUCAACAACACCCUCAUUCAUCUUGGCCCAACACUUUAGCCUGCCAACACAAUCAGGAGCUUUGGCAAAUAUCCAGCUCAGCUCAAAUAUUGUUUCAGUACCAUCAAAAGACAACAAUUCAGGAGCUCUUAUUUAAACACAUUUUAUUUCAUUUUGGAGAAGUCUGCAUACUUUCCACAUCAGUGCUCCAUACUGGUUUCCCAUUUAAUGAAUCAACAGGCAGGAAAGGAACUCCUUCAUACACACAGGUGUUAUUGUACUCCCUGCAUUAUUUAAGGCUCUUGUAUUUAAGUUUCUGAUGACAAAUGACUUGGAAGAAAAAAUACAAUUUUGAAAGAA